AUGGUUCACACCACACCCACUGCCCUCCUGGCCAUAACCGGCCUAGCUGCCACAGCUACAGCCUACAAGCAUACAUGGUGGGACCACAUGAAGUGCGCAGCUGCUGUAGCCCAGGACGCAGAUAACCAUACCUGCACCUCGCCCUCCAAAUUCGACUGCUUCUGCGCGCAGCCGUUUGAUCCAGCCAGAAUAAGCAGUGCAGCAAGGAAGGUGUGCGAGGGCUUUGGAAUCCCAACCGAGUCUAUACACGAUUUCAUCUGCAGCAACGACGGUCGCGGUAGCGAUUAUGACGAUGUGUACGACCACGACCACUACCACAACUGCCACCAUGCCUUCGUCUACGACGCCGACGACAAAGAUAGGGACAGAUAUGGAUAUCCCAUUUCCCAUCCGCACCGCCUCAGCCAGCCCAUGAUGCGCGUCCCUGCUCCGGGGACCGAUUCCUCAGAUACAGCUAAACACAGCCCCAACGUCCAGAGCAAGAGGACUUACGCUCCAGGCCUGUCCCCUUCCGCCUCCUCCUCGGCCUCUGCUCGCCGCCCCUUCGUCACCGACGCCCCGUCCGCCCUUGACGAAGAGAGCGACUACAAGAACGAGCUCGGGAGCAGGGUCAUCACGGAGAUCCUCACGCACACAUCGUGCGACUGUUCGUCGUCGACGGUAGCGGCUGCAACGGGAUGGGCGUCGAGUCGACCAGCGUACCUUCAUCAGAGCGCGGUUCCUAUGUCAACUUCUUCGUCAGCGCACGCGUACCUUUACCAGACCGCGGUUCCCGUUUCUUCGUCAUCAGCGCACGCGCAUGUUCACCAGACGGCGAUUCCUGUUUCGUCUUCGUCGGCGCCGGCGCAUGUUCAACAGACCAUGGUCCCCGUUUCUUCGUCCUUGAUGCAAGCGCACGUACACCAGACUGUGGUUCCCGUGUCAUCUUCGUCGUCCUCGCACGCGCAUAUUCCCCAGACUGUGGUUCCUAUUCCAUAUUCGUCGUCGGCACGCACACACCUUCAUCAGACGGUGGUCCCUGUUUCGUCUUCGCCGUCAGCGCACUCGCACCUUCAUCAGACCGUGGUUCCUGUUUCUUUGUCGUCAACGUACGCGCACCUUCACAAGACUGUAGUUCCUGUGUCAUCAUCAGCGUCGUCGUCCCACGAGCAUCUUCACCAGACUGUGGUCCCCAUUCCAUCUUCGUCAUUGGCGCAUGCGCAUGUUCACCAGACCAUGCUUCCUAUUUCAUCGUCGUCAUCAGCGCACGCGCAUGUCCACCAGACUGUGGUUCCUGUUCCAUCUUCGUCAUCGGCACAUGCGCAUCUUCACCAGAGCGCAGUUCCUAUGUCAUAUCCGUCGUCCUCGCACGCGCAUGUUCACCAGAACGCUAUUCCCGUUCCUUCGUCGUCGGGAUUAGCAUCUAGUACACUGGCUAGAUCGCAUUCCUAUGCACAUGCGCACGGACCCGCGUCUUUGCGUUGA